CACCAGGCCUUACCAGCAUGCAGGAGACAUGGUGGCUGCCAUUUCACUCACUUUAAAACAGUGCAACAGACCAGACCUGGCAACCCCGGCUGCUCUCGUCCUGCAGGGACUACAGGAGCUGUGUCGAGCAGAGGUGGUGGAUAUUAUCUCAGCAUGGAGAACUGUUUGGCCUGAGCUCAGCUGUCACUCACAGCCAGGAGUGGUUCAAGCCAUGGCUGAGCUUUUGGCUCUGGUGCCUCAGCUCACAGUUAAAUCAGAGCAGUACGAGGUGCGUCGUAACGUUCAUGUUCCUCUGUGUUGAGGAGCUAACCGAGUGACACAGGAACUCCACCAGGUUAUGUUUUUCUCUGUGGUUCUGUCUGUAAACAGGACUCUCACCAGCUGUUUGUAUAUCCUAACCUCACUGUAGAGUCACAUCUCUACAUCACUGUGUUUGGUAGCUAAAGUUAGCACAUCAAUGUAAAGUUGGGUAGAAGCACAAAGUACAGACGUGUGAGGGUCCAGUCCUCAGAGUCCUGCUGUGGUCGGACUUCACAGGGUCAGUAACUAAUAAAUGGAUCAGCGAGUCUGAGCAUCUUUUUAAAAACAGAAGUUUUGGUAAUUUGUUGCUCUGGAGGAUUCAACACAGUGCAGCAGUGGCCGUCCCAGCAGAUGAAUCCUAGCCCAUGCAUUGCUGCUUGUUGGAAAGCUCUUCUCCUCUCUAACAAUGAUAUAGCAGUACAGCUUAGUAGGGAUGGGUAUCGAAAACCGGUUCUUGUUGAGAACCGGUUCCCACUGUUUCAAUUCCUUGGAAUUGUUUGCCAUUUUUGCAAACGAUUCCC